UAAAAAUACAAAAAUUGGCCGCACCUGGGCGACAGAAUGAGACUCCCUUUCAAACUAAAUAAAUAAAUGCAUAAAUUUGAAUUAACAGCAUGCACAUGACUGCUUUACUUUCUAAAAUGUGUAGGAAUGCUUAUUUUAAUAAAUGAAAAAUGAUUUUUCCCCUCUUAAAUUUCUCUUCCCCUUUUUGUUAAAGUACAAAACAAAACACCUUGCCCCCACUUUUUCGAAUAGUUUUGACUGUCUGUAGGACUGGAAAGAAAUUCAGCUCAAACGAAUUACUAUAUUAUCAACUUUAGUAAGAAUUGUGCAUUUGGUACACAAUGUAACUCCUAGGAGUUGACAAAUGUUUGUUAAGUGCAUCAAUGAGCGACAUAGGACCUUCUCCUCCCUACUCUCUUCUCACAGUUUUUAUUUAAUCAAACAUUUAUUAUUGUUCGAUGCUCUUAAAUGCCAUUUCCUUCAGCUGAUUAUUUGUGUGACAGAAGAGUCAAUUAAGCUAUUUUGUCCCAAAAAUUACGAAAACGAAAUGUACAAUUGUGAAGUAAAAUUUUGUUCCUUUGCAAAUUUUAAUAAAUUAUUAAAGUUUUUUUUGUUUCAAAUAAUCAGGGCUUCAGUUCUAAUAACGAAAGGACAAUGUGAAGGCCUAGAAUUUAGCAUAGCGCCUGGCAUUAAUAGGACGUCAGUACAUUUUUAGUACAUGUUUCUCAAAUAGAUCUUAAAAUUUCAUUUAAGAGCGUUUCCUCACGUCACGGUAUGUCUCUGGCGUUACUUAAUUUUGAAAAACCUCAACACAGAUUCUAGUUUUAGGCAAAGCUCAGAAAAGUUCUACUUAAGGAUAUUUCCAAAGCGAAAGGAAGCGCGGAGACGUUCAUGACUGGCAUCAUCUCGCAUAUGGGCUCCGGAAAUUCUCGGUAGGAUGCCCUACAUCUGCUCUCCCUCCACUAAGAAGAACCUCUUUGUAUGGCGAAAGUAAAAGUAUUAAGGCUUUUAAGUUGCCCAGUCGAGGAACACGGAUAAAGACGCCAGGAGAUUGACAUGCAUUUCGACCAAUAGCAUUGCAGAAAGGCGUAUCAUUUCACGGAUGUCCCAAUCAGUACACAGAGAGUCGCUGUCUCCAAGGUGAAAGCGGAAGUAGGGCCUUCGCGCACCUCAUGGAAUCCCUCCUGCAGCACCUGGAUCGCUUUUCCGAGCUUCUGGCGGUCUCACGCACUGCCCACGUCCGCACCUGGGACCCCGUCACUGUGCGCCGGGCCCUGCAGUGGGCGCGCUACCUGCGCCACAUCCAUCGGCGCUUUGGUCGGCACGGCCCCAUUCGCACGGCUCUGGAGCGGCGGCUGCACAACCAGUGGCGGCAAGAGGGCGGCUUUGGGCGGGGUCCAGUUCCGGGAUUGGCGAACUUCCAGGCCCUCGGUCACUGUGAUGUCCUGCUCUCUCUGCGCCUGCUGGAGAACCAGGCCCUCGGGGAUGCAGCUCGUCACCACCUGGUGCAGCAACUCUUUCCGGGCCCGGGCGUCCCGGAGGCUGAUGAGGAGACGCUCCAGGAGAGCCUGGUCCGCCUCGCCCGCUGCGGGUCCGCGGUGCACAUGCUGCGCUUCAACGGCUAUAGAAAGAACCUGAAUCUCCAGGAGGACUCUCUGAUGCAGACCCAGGCGGAUCUGCUGCUGGAGCGUCUGCAGGAGGUGGGGAAGGCCGAAGCGGAGGGUCCCGCCAGAUUUCUCAGCAGCCUGUGGGAGCGUUUGCCUCAGAACAACUUCCUGAAGGUGAUAGCGGUGGCGCUGUUGCAGUCGCCUUUGUCUCCCCGGCCCCAAGAAGAGUCGGAACCCAGCAUCCAUAAAACACCUGGAGAGGGGAGCCAAGCGCUAGUCCACUGGCUUCUGGGGAAUUCGGAAGUCUUUGCUGCCUUUUGUCGCGCCCUCCCAGCCGGGCUUUUGACUUUAGUGACUAGCCGCCACCCAGCGCUGUCUCCUGUCUAUCUGGGUCUGCUAACAGACUGGGGUCAGCGUUUGCGCUAUGACCUUCAGAAAGGCAUUUGGGUUGGAACUGAGUCCCAAGACGUGCCCUGGGAGGAGUUGCACAAUAGGUUUCAAAGCCUCUGUCAGGCCCCUCCACCUCUGAAAGAUAAAGUUCUAACUGCCCUGGAGACCUGUAAAGCGCAGGAUGGAGAUUUCGAAGUACCUGGUCUUAGCAUCUGGACAGAUCUCUUAUUAGCUCUUCGGAGUGGUGCAUUUAGGAAAAGACAAGUUUUGGGUCUCAGCCCAGGCCUCAGUUCUGUAUAGGCAAUGCUGUGUUAUUAUUACUUGAGUAUAGAAUAUAUAGUUUACAAAAUGAAAAUUACAAUGUUCUCACCAAAUAUAUGCCUUCGUGUGUCCAAAGUAUAAUUAUUUUAGAUGCUAAUUUUGAAUAGUUUAUUAAACAAUUAUAAAUGUGCAAGGUAACUGGCAUGUAGUAUCAUGGAUUUGCUGGAUAGAGGAAGUGAUUGGAAGUACUCAAAGCCAUGGAAUUAGCAAUAGUUUGCUUGUUAAUAGAAGGCCCAUUUGUAAGAAUAUUGAAAAUAUAUGUACCGUUUAAAAAAAAAGGAGCUUUAAGGUGACAAACAAAAUACCCUUUUUCUUUUAGUAUGGUUUAUUUUUCUAGGUUUUCUUUCCCUCCCUCAGUAGUGAAGAGUUUUCUUUAACCAACCGAUAUGUGACAGUGUCAGGAAUGUUGGUUUGAAAAGCUAUUGGCCUAUCUAGAGUUUGGCCUUGUUAAGCUAGUAUUCUAAGUAUUCUAGCCAGUUAACCAGCCUUAGUAUGCAUUAAAAUUGUAUUAUUAAGAAAGUUUGUUUCUCAUUUUCUGCAAAUUCUUACUCUGAAAAUGAGUCACCACAUAGUAUGUCCAUUUAAAGCAUUGACUCACCGACAAAUGUUUAAAGCACAGUAAAUACAAAUAUAUGCCUUUGGAUAUCAAAUUAAUGCUUGAUGAUGAAAGAAUCAAAACAAACUUUUUUUUGAAACGGAGUCUUGCCCUGUCGCCCAGGCUGGAGUGCAGUGGUGCGAUCACUGCUCACUGCAACCUCCCCCUCCCAGGUUAAAGCAAUGCUGACUCAGCCUCCCAAGUAGCUGGGAUUACAGGCCCAGGCCACCAUGCCCGGCUAAUUUUUUGUAUUUUUAGUAGAGACGGGGUUUCACAUGCUAGCCAGGCUGGUCUCAGACUUCUGACCUGGUGAUCCACCCGCCUCAGCCUCCCAAAGUGCUGGGAUUACAGGCGUGAGCCACCGCGCCCAGCCAAAAGAAACGUUUUAAGUAGAAGAUCCAGGUUUUAGUGCAACUUCUGCCGUUAACUAGGUUAAUAAAUCACAAACUUGGGACCACAGUUGCCUUAUAUGUAAAUGAAGUGUUUAGACUAAAAUAGUUAAAUGUCCUUGUUUUUCCCUCGGUGGCUGCGCUAUGGAAACAGUUUAGAAUAUUUGUUUUGCAUAUAGGAACCUGGUUGUGUUAGUUUAUCUGGGUGUUCCAUAGCUGAUAGUGAUUUCCAAUAACCAAACUUAAGGGCAAUUUAUUCAUUUUUACUAGGGAGGUAGAACUUUACAGUAAUCAAGAUAUUUUUGUCCAUCUCCAGGUUAGCUGGUAACAGGAUUUUUUUGGAGGUUAAAAAAUGGUAUUUAGAAAGUUAAUUUCUAAUUCCAGAAUAGAAUAGAAACAGUAAGAGCUGUGUAAUCUUGUGGAAAAAGAGUUGUAUAAUCUUGUAGAAUUUCUCAUUCUGUGGUACAACCCAGGGGUAAACUAUUAUUCCAGUAGUAAAUACACUUUUCUAGAUAAUCUUGAGUGAAAACCAGUAAUUUCUUUUUCCCUGUGGUCAGAUUCCUUUUUCUAAUCCAUGAAGGCCAUCUUGUAGAUUACAUUUGUCAUUAAUGCAAGAAUAGAGACAAUUCCUCCUGUCA